CCACACAACAACCCAAGCACGUAACGCACACAACGUCACAAAAACGCAACGUUCUUGAUGCUUGAUUCGGGCCACACACGCUGCGAAAGCGUAUAACGCACAACGACACAGAUACAUUACGGUUUUUACUGCGUGAACAAAGAAGACACAGCAGACGGCGAGCCGUCAUAAAGAGCCUGUCACCGUUGUCCAUUUCUGUAGCGGCUCGCUCUCACGCCUCUUUCUUCCUGGUCCGGGCGCAACCCCCAGUGGACGCGUCUGGACCAGCCAUGGCACCGAAGCGGCGCCGAGACGAAGCUGAGAAGGCGGAGGAGGAGAAAGGGCAGGCGGCGGGGCAGGCGGCGGGGCAGGCGGCGGGGCAGGCGGCGGGGCAGGCGGCGGGGCAGGCGGAGGCGGCGGGGCCGGCAGAGGCGGGGCCCCGGGGCGCGGUGCACGUGCUGUGGCACUACCACUUCUCCGCCUUCCGCCGAAAGCGCUGGGCUGCGUUCAUCCAGCGCGACCGCGCGCUCCACCGCGUCGCCAAGCAGCUCACGGGCGGCAGGCCCAAGGAGGAGGUGGUGGUGGGGUGGGGUUCGUGGGCCUUCCAGGGAGGGAAGGGCGGCUCCCCCAUCUCCGUCAGGGGCGGGCGCGCGCCGACAGGGCGGCUCAUCAAGCUGCUCCGUGAGCGCUACGCCAAGCAUGUGUUCAUCAUCGAUGAAUACAAGACCUCCAAGACCUGCUACAACUGCGGGUGUCAGGAGAUGGCCAUCAAGCGGCUUGGGGGGCUGAAGGAGGGGCAGCGGCCCUGGUCGGUCAAAGUCUGCAACGACUGCUUGACGACCUGGAACCGCGACGUCUCCGCCGCCAACGUGAUCCGUGUGCUCCUCCUGCUGAAGCUGAUGGGCUUCGAGCGGCCGACCAAGCUGCAGCGGCCGCCAUGGCCGCCGCCGGCGGCGGGGCCAGGCUGAGAGCCUGAACGGCGCUAGCAGGGCGUGGGGCUGAGGGUGCACGUGUUGAUUGGCGGCGAGUGACGUGACUAGUUUGUUAGCUGCGGGUUAGCACGGACUGUGCACCCCACCCAACCGGCCAUGUCCGGAUUUGCGGGGAUGCCAAAGGCCCCCAACAUAGAGGCGUGUGCUUAGUAGGCGCCCGCGUCAAGGUGGCUGGGUUGAUAACGACCCGGGAUCAGCCCUUUUCCUGCCU